CACUGUAAGAGAGUGAGUGAGAGAGAGUCUGGUUUUCACAAUAGCAGCUCUAGCGAGAGCGUUUAUAUUUCUCAUGUAUUUAUAAGUAAUUGGAAUAAAUGUUAAAUUGCACUUGCAAAUAAAACAAACUGCGCAAUUUACAAUUAACAUUCAAAGUGCGUCGUACUCCUGUUUGUUAACGUGUGAGUGUGCGCGGGUGGCUGCGAGUGCGAUUGAGAGAGUGUGAGUGCAAGCCAAGUGUGCAGUGGUGGGGAAAGAGAAAGAAAGAAGGGGAAGAGGGCGCAGCAGCAAAGAAAAUCAAAAGACAAAGGAAUAUUGACAAUUGUGUGUGCAAGUAAAAGAAUCAAAGAAUCAAGAAACAUUCUGAUUGCAUUAAUUGAAACGCAAGUGAAUUUUAACCUGUGUCUCUCUCUCUCUCGCUCUCUCACACACACACACGCACAUUACAUUGAGUGCAGCAAGCGUGCGAGUGUGUGUGUGUGUGUAUAACAUGAAACAAAAAUAAAAAUAAAAUACGGACGGGAUCAAUUGACAGCCGGGAUUCUAUUUAUUUACCACCCCGCUAAGCCAAAGUCUGUGUCCAAAUGUGUGUGUGUGCUUAAAUGUAAAUGGGGAGAAUUGCAACAAACCCCACAACAACAAUAACUAAAUCUUCCACCACCACCAAUAACAACAACUGUUACAAAUAUAGCAGUGACAACAACAACAAAAGGAAACCCGUCAACCCUCUCGCUCUUGCAAUAGCCUUGUAAAAAAGUAUUUUUACUUUGUUUUGCUUUGCUCGCCCUUCGCACACACACUACCAACACCAACACAUACGCAACGGUCGAGUUGCAAUGGAUUCGGACAUUGAAAUGGAAUCGGACAACGAUGGUGAAUUUGAUGACGAUUAUGAUUACUACAAUACUGGUGAAGACUGCGAUGUGGAAAGACUCGAUCCGAAGCGUGCUGAUCCCGAGUACUUUGAAUACGACUGCCUAACCGUCGAGGAUAUUGAGAAGCUGCUCAAUGAGUUGGUGGAAAAAUUAAACACGAUUCUCCAGAUAACACCAUCGUUAGCCAAGGUGUUGCUGCUGGAGCAUCAGUGGAACAACAAUGCGGUGGUGGAGAAGUACCGCCAGGAUGCGAAUGCCUUGUUGGUAACAGCUCGGAUAAAGCCACCCUCAAAUGUGGCAGCUGAGGCAGCUUCCACAAGUGCAGCUGCCGCACAGCUGCUGAGAAUGGGCAACACUGGCUACAAAACAUCCUCAUCCACAACGACAUCGUCAUCCACAACAACAUCUCCUUCAUCCACAAACACGAGUUCUUCUCAAUUCAGGAGAAUGUGUCCAGUCUGCGCCAGCUCGCAGCCGAGCGAUAAAUUCUACAGUUUGGCAUGCGGUCACUCCUUUUGUAAGGAUUGCUGGACCAUCUUCUUUGAGACGCAAAUCUUUCAGGGUAUUUCCAUACAGAUUGGGUGCAUGGCACAGCAGUGCAAUGUGCGUGUGCCAGAGGAUUUGGUGCUGACGCUGGUGACGCGUCCGGUGAUGCGGGAUAAGUACCAGCAAUUUGCCUUCAAGGACUAUGUGAAAUCGCAUCCCGAGCUGCGCUUCUGCCCCGGACCCAAUUGCCAAAUCAUUGUGCAAUCCUCGGAGAUUUGUGCGAAGCGUGCGAUCUGCAAGGUGUGUCACACAGGAUUCUGUUUCAAGUGUGGCAUGGAUUAUCAUGCGCCCACCGACUGCCAGAUCAUUAAGAAGUGGCUGACAAAGUGCGCGGAUGACAGUGAGACGGCGAAUUAUAUAAGUGCCCAUACCAAAGACUGCCCCAAGUGUCACAUUUGCAUUGAGAAGAAUGGAGGAUGCAAUCACAUGCAAUGCUUCAACUGCAAGCACGACUUUUGCUGGAUGUGCCUCGGGGAUUGGAAGACACAUGGCUCUGAAUAUUACGAGUGCUCACGCUACAAGGACAAUCCCAAUAUUGCCAAUGAAUCGGUGCAUGUGCAGGCGCGCGAAGCACUUAAAAAAUAUCUACAUUACUAUGAACGCUGGGAGAAUCACUCGAAAUCUUUGAAACUGGAACAACAGACGAUCGAUCGGAUGAGACAGCGCAUUAAUUCAAAGGUCAUGAACGGCAGCGGCACCUGGAUCGACUGGCAAUAUCUAUUCAAUGCAGCGGCGCUGCUUGCCAAAUGUCGAUAUACCCUGCAAUACACCUAUCCAUAUGCUUACUACAUGGAGGCUGGAUCGCGGAAGAAUCUAUUUGAAUACCAGCAGGCGCAAUUGGAGGCUGAAAUUGAAAACUUAUCAUGGAAAAUCGAACGUGCCGAGACAACAGAUCUGGCGGAUCUCGAGAAUCAAAUGGAUAUUGCUGAAAAGCGUCGCACCACACUCCUCAAAGACUUCUUUCCAGUGAUUGGCAAGACAUAGGCGGCAUUCUUCCCAUUUGAAAAUUCAAGAUGAAAUUAGUUACUAGCCACACUGACAGUAUAAGAGACGCUUAUAUAAUAAACCAUAUUCAAGUAGUCUAACAAUUUGUAGCUAAUUUUUUAAUUAAUAUUGUAAUAAUAAUAAUAUAUAUUCAAGUGCAUAUGUAGCUAUUAAACUAGUUUCUAUAACUUAAAAUAUGAUUAGUUAUUAUAAUAUAGCUGUGAAAUUCGAAAUCACUUAAAAAUCGAUUUAACUGCAAUAUAACGCCUUGCGCAGAACAAUAGCGAAUAAUACUAUAUAGGAAAUAACUAAGAAACUGAUAAAAAAAAAUACAAACAAAUUAUUUAAACUUGUGCAACAUUUAGCGUCAUGGUCUAUCCAACAUUUAACAGGCAGAAUUCAUUAAUGAUAAUAAUCAAUAAUAAUUAAUAUAAGCCUUGACGGUUUUAGCCAUUGUGAGAGAAUUGCAGGAAUAUAAAUCAUGGUUUAGUUGUAAGUCUUAAGUCGUAUUAACUUAUUGUAGCUGAAUGCUUAGCUAAACAACAACAAUAUUAACAAUUUCCAAGUAUUUGUAACCACACACACACACACUCUCAAUAUGAAAGGAAAACUUUAUAAUUAAUAACAAAUACAAAAUGAGAUCAAAUUAAGUUUCCCUUCUCCUAAUUGUUGUAUUAAGCUGAAUUAUACAUUUUAGUUUUUAGGAUUACGCUAAGUAUGCUUAUGCGACUGAAUUUAAAUUAAUUAAAUGCAACAUUAAACAAAUUUAA